UUUGUGUUCAAGGAAAACACACAAGCAGGCAUGGGUUUCCCUGAAAGUCACUGAUCAACACUGAUUGUAUCACAUUUUAAUCUUUACCGUGUAGGUUAUUUCUGCAGAUAUAAUCGGCAUGACCCGAGCGCUGAGGGGGCCUCUGUGGCCCUCGCUGGUGAAGAUGUGCACCAACAGAUCCCUACAGUCCCACCCCCACCUCCAGCCCCUCUGCCCGGCCCCACAGUGGCUUCUCCUCGCCUCCGCCCCCGCCCUGUCCACCAGCCCUUCCUGUGCCCAAGCCAGCACCAUCAAGGUGCGCUCCUACCUGCAGUAUAUGAAGCGUAAGCUGGGCUCCCCCAGCAAGCCGCCCUACAGCCACGUGUGCCAGGUGGGCGACCCCGUGCUGCGGGGACAGGCGGCCACCGUCGCCCCCGAGGAGGUGGGCAGUGCUGAGGUGCAACAGGUCAUCAGCACCCUGGUCAAGGUGAUGCGGCGUAUGGAGUGUGUGGGGCUGAGCGCGCCACAGAUCGGGGUGCCGCUGCGCAUCCUGGCCCUGGAGUACCCCGAGAGGAUGCUGGCGGAGAGCUCGGAGGCGUCCCGGCGGGCGCGGGGGCUGGAGGCCUUCCCCCUGCGCGUCUUCGUCAACCCCGAGCUGCGGGUGCUGGACGGACGCACCGCCGUGUUCCAGGAGGCCUGCGAGAGCCUAUCGGGCUUCUCCGCGUCUGUUCCGCGCUACGUCUCCGUGGAGGUGUCAGGUUUAAAUGAGAAGGGUGAGCCGGUCUCAUGGCAGGCCAAUGGCUGGGCGGCCCGCAUCGUGCAGCACGAACUGGACCAUUUAAAUGGAGUGCUGUACAUAGACCGCAUGGACAGCAAAACCUUUAUCAACAUCCACUGGGAGGAGCACAAUGAUUAAUGACAGACAUGUUUUUAUUAUUGAUGCAUAUUGGACUGAGCUGAUCACAUGGCUUCAGCAUCACUACAUCACUUCUCAAGACAUCACACCAUGCUGGAAUGAUAAUGCAUGCAGAGUAGAAGGCGCUGGUUGGGGGUGGCAGGGUGUCAUUUCAAAAGGCAUACCUAUUUCAGGGGUCCGUUUCUCGAUUCUUGUCGUUGCUAACCGUCUUAAGACCGUCUUACCGUUCCCUUGGAUUUAGUGGUGAGCGUCGCUCUUACAAAGGACUUUGCUAACGACGAUAGCAACUACGCUUUCGAGAAACGGACCCUAGAGCUAUCCAUUGGGAGAGUCUGGCUUAUCCCACUGACCACUGUGUUCCAUUUUGUCUACAGAGAAAGUGUGGCUCAGGGCUGCUCAUGGUGCUGUUAGCGUCUAUGUCCAGUAACCUGGUGGUCUGGCUCUGACCAGUUUGUUAGCUAUAAGCCGGUGAUGAACUUUAUGAUAGGAGAGACUUCCUCUGAGACCACUUUUUUAUUGGAGAAUAAAUGCUAGAGUGUCCUCUGACAUUUAACUAGACUGGCUUAGUCACCCACUAAAUCAACUUUUUUGAAUACACCCCAGACUUCAGGAUUGGUCAUCUCAAGAAAUUAGAAAUAGGUGUUGCUCUCCUGUUAGGGAUUGGUCUGUUCACUAGUAACAUACAGAACUCUGCACAGCCUUAUCACAUACUGCAUGGAACAAAUGGAUGCUACCAGUCAACAGCUUCAGUCUCCAAAUAAAAUGCUAUCAUGCAGUACCACUAUGAUCCUGCCAAGGUGUUUGCUGUAUAUUUUGUAAAUACAUUAAAAGUAUUUAAAUGA